GUACUGGUCACAGGCAUGUGUCAGCUUUGAGAGUGAUUUUCAGAGUGCUGAGCACUCAGAACUACUUACCGGAAAAUUGUGGGCACUUCACAGUUUUGAAAAUCAGGCUUACUUUGUGCUGUCUCUUCAUUCAUCUAAUUUCACACAAAUGAGACAUGCAGUCCUCCAAUAUGAAGGAGGAAAAUUUCCUAAUUCUAGGCCAAUUAGCCUUUGAGCCUUUUAAUAGCAGACAAAAUGCUGAGGUUUGCAAAGCAGCCACUGACCACAGGCAUGUAUUUCCAUGUGGUUUUAUAGUAUGCACAUAUCCUCUGCCUGUGAAUUAGAAUAAGGUAAUUAGACUGUUUUUAUUUAAUAUUUCAUGUAUUUUUAUGUGACUAUGAAACUUCUGCCAAAUCAGUGGUGAAAAGCAAUAGGCUGGACCUGGUAGUGUAAUGGAUAUCAUUCAAAGUAAUUUUUCCAGUGGAUCCCAAUGUGAGUUAUAAAUGCUACUGACUGUACUAACUGGUGCUAUCUGUGUCAACUAAUUAUUAUGCAUCGUAGAAAGAUUGAUCUAGAGGAAGAGUUGGCUAUGUUACCACCACUCGCCUCCCUCAGGGCUUUGCUGAAAUCUGGGCUGUAGAGUGUCUGAUAUCACAUGAGACAUGCACACAUUCAGAAGACCGGUCAUGCAGAUCCGCAGUCCUGUUUGCAAGUCACACAUCAAGCCGGUCUGCAAGGAUUCUGCUGGAGUUUCUCCUCCUGGCCACCAGGGACAGCUAUGGUGAAAGAAUUGCGGACCGCCAAGCUGCAUCUCCCCUGCUCUUGCUGCUCCCCUGCAGGAUGCAAACCAUUAUGGAGCUGCUGGAAGGAGGAGGCUUGUCUGUUAAUGCACAGAAGGAACUGGGGAGCAUGAGCUCUGCAAAGUUUUAUAGAAUCCCCGAGGGGAAGGGGCCUUACACUGUUGGCUGCACGGACCUGAUGACUGAUCACACGAUUCAGGGAAGCUUCUUUCGUCUGUAUUAUCCUUCACAAAAUGGCACAAGUAGUGAAGAAACCAAGUGGAUCCCCAGGAAGGAAUAUUAUCGCGGACUUUCCGACUUCCUCAACGUGUACCGGAUGUUAGGAGAGAGAGUUUUUCAGUACUAUGUUGGCUCAGUGACAUGUCCUGCAAAAUGGAAUGCUGCUUUCAAGCCUGGAGAGAAAUACCCCCUCAUUAUUUUUUCCCAUGGACUUGGAGCUUUCCGGACUAUAUAUUCUGCUAUCUGCAUUGAGAUGGCAUCUCAGGGUUUUAUAGUUGCUGCUGUGGAGCACAGAGAUAAAUCCUCUUCUGCUACUUAUUACUGUAAAGAGAAUCCUGUUUCUGAAGCACGAGAAGAGGCUACAGAAAAUCCGGAAGAGGAAUGGAUCUUCUACAGAAAACUAAACCCUGGUGAACAGGAAUUUCCUUUACGCCACCAACAGUUGCAGCAGAGAACAGAGGAGUGUAUCAAAGCUCUUGACCUCAUUCUUGAUAUUAAUUCUGGAAAACAUGUAGUGAAUGUACUAUCUUUAAACUUCGAUUGGACUCUCUUAAAGGGUUCUAUUGAUAGUGACAGAAUAGCUGUGAUGGGACACUCUUUUGGUGCUGCCACAGCCAUUGAGGCUCUUAGCAAAGAAGCUAGAUUCAAGUGUGGCAUUGCCCUGGAUGCAUGGAUGCUUCCUCUAGAUGAUGAAGUUUAUACCAGGGUCCGCCAGCCAUUGUUGUUUAUCAACUCAGAAAAAUUCCAGUGGGCUUCAAAUGUUUUAAAGAUAAAGAAACUUUACUCCACUGGCACAGAAAGAAAAAUGAUCACUAUCAAGGGAUCAGUACAUCAGAGUUUUCCAGAUUUUACCUUCCUGGCUGGUACCAUUGUUGGAAAGAUUUUCAAAUUAAAGGGAGAAAUAGACCCAAACAUAGCUAUAGAUAUUAGCAACAAAGCUUCAUUAGCCUUCUUGCAGAAACAUUUAGGUCUGGAGAAAGGUUUUGAUCAGUGGGACGCUCUCGUGGAUGGCGAAGGCCAUAAUGUCAUUCCCGGAACCAACAUUGAUCUACCCUCAACUCAGCCUGAAUCACUAGAAUGAAGAAACUGAUAAACAGUGCUUUAGUAUGCACGGUAUUAAGUCUUCAACAAGAUCUUACUUAGAAGUCUAGUACUGCUGGCCAGCUACUUCCCACAGCUCCAGCGUAUUUUUUGUUCUUACUUAUCAAGACAGGUGACUGUGAGGCAGUCUCAUUGCACGCUGAUAAAAGAGUUGCAGGGGUUUAAAUUCAUACCAGCCUAUAAACUUGUUAUUGAAAAUACUGUAAAACUUUUGCUUUCUACAAAUUAAAUCAGUUAUUAGAUGGA